CCCCCCGAGGCAGGAGGCCCCGGGUCCUGCCCCGGCUCAGGGCUGUCCUCACCCCGCAGAGAGCAGUGGGGAGGAGGGCAGCGCGGUGGUGCGCAAGGAGCGGCGCCGGGAGACUCCCAACCCCAUGAUCCAGAAGACCCGGCGCUGCGCGCGGGAGAAGACGUCCUAUGCCCCCAGCAGCAGUGAGGAUGAGGAUCCUGCCAAGGACAUUGGGGUCACCUACAAGUCCACCAGGUCGGCGAAACCUGUUGGCCCAGAAGACAUGGGAGCUACGGCAGUAUACGAGCUGGACACGGAGAAGGAGAAGGAUGCUCAGGCCAUCUUCGAGCGCAGCCAGAAAAUCCAGGAGGAGCUGAGGGGAAAGGAAGAUGAUAAAAUCUACCGUGGCAUUAACAACUACCAGAAGUAUGUGAAGCCCAAGGACACGUCGAUGGGAAAUGCCUCUUCAGGGAUGGUCAGGAAAGGUCCCAUCCGUGCCCCUGAGCACCUGCGAGCCACGGUGCGCUGGGACUACCAACCUGACAUCUGCAAGGACUACAAGGAGACUGGGUUCUGUGGCUUUGGGGACAGCUGCAAGUUCCUGCACGACCGCUCGGACUACAAGCACGGCUGGCAGAUCGAGCGGGAGCUGGACGAAGGUCGCUACGGAGCCAACGAUGAUGAGAACUACGAGGUGAGCAGUGAUGAGGAGGACAUGCCUUUCAAAUGCUUCAUCUGCAGGAGUUCCUUCAAGAACCCUGUGGUCACCAAGUGUAGGCAUUACUUCUGUGAGAGCUGUGCCCUCCAGCACUACCGCAAAUCCCAGCGCUGCUACGUCUGUGACAAGCAAACCAACGGGGUCUUCAACCCAGCCAAAGAGCUCAUGGCAAAAUUGGAAAAACACAAAGGGGAGGAAGAAGAGGAGCAGCAGUCAGACCAUGCAGAGGACCCACAGUAG